CCGAAUCUCAAUCGUGUGCAUGAUAUUUUGCACGUUUGUUCGAGAGCAGCGUCCUUCGAGGUGAAGAUUUUAAUAUCUCACAUUAUUAUUGUGGCUCUCAAGUCUUGUUAAGACUGAAUGGUCGUAUAUAGAAGCUUCAGUAAUCGUUGUCAUUAAGCAUGGCUGUUCUUGCUUCAAUACUUUACCUCCUACUUGGUGUUCCUCUUUUUUGUCUUGUUGUUUUUACUGUGUACCUGUAUCAACAACAUGCCAAGUAUGACCACCUCCCUGGACCAAAGAGGAAUGGAUUUUUCAGUGGCCACAUGCCGAUGGUAAAAAAGAGAAGAACCAGAGAGAAAGUCAUCAUCCACCAAAUCUGGGCUGACCUGGCAAUUCAGUUUAACCCUCUGUAUGUCUUCUGGUUCUUCCAUCGCCCUGUUGUCAUGAUUUCGGAUGCUGCUCUUGUCAAGGAAGUCCUUAUCAAACUUGAUUUACCUAAAGAUCCUUUUGGCUACAGUCACUUUGCUAAUCUGUUUGGCCAAAGACUCCUUGGUGGAAGUCUGCUGUCUGAGGUGGACCACCARUCAUGGAAAAAGAAAAGAGCUCACUUGAAUCCUGCCUUUCAUCAUAAGUUUAUUGCAAGCUUGAUGGAUCAGUUCAAUCAGAGUUGUGACUUGUUUCUCAAUAAGCUGCUUACACUUGCUGAUGGCGAAACUGAGGUAUCGAUGUCAGAAGAGCUGGUCAGGUUGGCUUUAGAUGUGGUGGGGAAGGUGGCAUAUGAUCUUGACGUCAAUGCAAUUGAUUCACCUGAUGCUCCAAUCCCCACCAACACUAGAAUAGCUCUUGAGGGACUGGUUCAGAGUUUUCGAAGGCCAUUCAUGUUCUUUCAGCCAUCUACCUAUCCUUACCAAAAUGAGUGUAUAAAAUCAGUGAAGUUCCUUCGCGAAGCUGCAAAAGGUGUAAUCCAGGCAAGGAUGGACGCAGUUCAAAAACAAGAGGACAGUCAUUCAGAUAUUUUGACCUACAUUCUUAGGAUUGCCGAGAAUGAUCCCACUACAACUAUGGAUGACUUGGUUGAUCAUUUUAUCACGUUUAUUGUAGGAGGACAAGAAACCACUUCAAAUCACAUUUCUUUCACUUUGCUUGGAAUUCUACUCCACCCAGAAGUAGAACAGAAAGUAUUGGCUGAGAUAGACGAAGUACUUGGCUCUCGCCGAAGUGUCACCACUGAAGAUUUGUCCAAGCUAACUUACUUAGACCAAACGAUCAAAGAAGCCCUGCGCCUUCACCCACCACAGCCAGCGAUCACGCGCGUGACGAAAGAGGACACCAACCUUGGUGGUUACGUCAUACCAGCUGGCACGAGUGUCAUGUGCGAUGCCCACGUUCUUCAACAUAAUCCUAAGUACUGGGAUGAUCCUGAGAAAUACGACCCUGAACGCUUUAAUGCUGAAAAUAAAGCUAAGAUCGAACAUUACGCCUAUUUCCCGUUCUCUCUUGGGUCGCACAAUUGCAUCGGUUCAAGCUUUGCCCAGCUCGAAACCAAGCUAGUUCUGGCUCGUCUGAUUCAGAGUUUCAAGAUCAAGCUUCUGCCAGGACAAGAACUCAAGGCAGUGGAACAAAUGACCCUCCGCCCAAAAGAUGGUGUGCGUGUAACGUUGGUAGCCCGCUAGUACUGCAUGAUGGGAAUGUUUGAGUAUCUAAAUUUAGAAGCUAAUAGAUUUUAUCCUGGGCGUAUUGUUUUCCCAUUUCAGACCACGUGUCAUUCCCUAGAGUAUCAUUUCUUCGUUUAAUGGUUGCGCAUGAGAAGACACAUGAAUAUGGAUAUAACAAACAAAUCAUCUUAUACUCAAGGAAAUAACACGUGUCGUGAAAUAGGAAAACAUUAAGCGCAAGCUAAAAAUAAAUUAAAGUCCCUCGUAACGAAAAAAUAGACUUGAGUGCACAAGUAAAAUUAAAUGUAAUUAUAAACGUAAGAAAAAAUAAUAAGUAAAGAUAGAAAUAAUUUUAAUAAAUUGUUAAGAAUAGAAUAGACAAUAUCAUAAAAUACAUUCAGAUAUAAUAGUCUUAAUUUAAACUAGUGAAUUCUCACUUUCUCAAUAUUAUUGUCUUAUACGCACUAUGUGUAUUUUAGCCUUUAAAAAAAACUAGUUUCGUUGUUACAACCUCAUUUUGCUAAAACAGUAACGAUUCGUUGUUCGCGUGCCUCUUGCGCGUGCACAUUAUAAAAUACUGUAACUGUUA